CUGGAGGGGUGGGAAGAAGGUGCCGCGCGUGGAAGUGUGCGCCCUGCUCCCCAUUGCCCGGCAGAGGGCUUUCACGGCGCGCGUGGGCGAAAGCCGCGGGCUCCACUCCCCACUCGCCCGCCCCUCUUUCUCCACACAGAGUUUGCCCAGCCCUCGACAUUCCCUUCAGAGGAGAGGGACACGCCGCCUCUCCCGCCCAAAACACGCACAGCCUGGGAGGCGACCGAGCCGCCUGCAGUGAACCGCAGCCUCCCCAGCCCAAACCUGGCCCUGCCGACCUCCAGCUCGGCCCCCUUCCUCCUCCUCCUCCUCCUCCUCCUUCCUGACACCAGCCUCAGCCGCUUCUCUCUUCUCCGCUUUCUACUCCUGCCUUCUUCCUUGCUCGCUCGCUCGCUCCCUCCCCUUCCUCUCUCUCGCUCUCUUUCAGUUUCACAACCCUCCCUCAGGCUGAGCGGCGGAGAGGAGAGGGGAGGAGAGGAGAGGGGGGGGAAGCAAGAAGCCCUUCCAAGUGAUUCAAGGGCUGCGCUGGUUAGUUUGCCUGUCUUUCUGCGAAGACCAGGCGCAGCCCCGUCCCUCCUGAGGCGAGGGCUCCCCCUUCCCGCGCUCCCCGAAGCCGGCUCAGCAGAGCUUCGCGCGCGCUCUUGGGGCUCCGGAAGAACCCCACGCGCGUCCCCCUCGAAGUUGCGGCGGGGCGGGCGGGGGGGCAGCGCGGAGGAGGAUGAGGACAAGGACGGGGCUUCCUUCGGGGAGCGCCUGGUGGUGCUGGGGCUGGGCUCUCCCGGCGCUGGCCUGGGCCGCUUCCUUCGGCGACGAGACCUCCUUCGAGCGCGCUGCCAAGUCCGAGGGCUACUGCAGCCGCAUCCUGCGAGCCCAGGGCACCCGGCGGGAGGGCUACAACGAGUUCAGCCUCCGCGUGGAGGGCGACCCGGACUUCUACAAGCCCGGAAACAGCUACCGGGUGACACUUUCUGCUGCCACUCCAGCCUAUUUCCGUGGAUUCACACUGAUUGCUUUGAAAGAAGGCAAAGAGGGAGACAAAGAAGAAGACCAUGCAGGGACCUUUCAGAUAAUAGAUGAGGAGGAAACACAGUUCAUGAGCAACUGCCCCGUAGCUGUGACUGAGAGCACACCAAGAAGGAGGACACGUAUUCAAGUAUUCUGGACGGCACCUGCUUUGGGUACAGGCUGUGUAAUUUUGAAGGCAAGUAUUGUACAAAAACGGAUUAUUUAUUUUCAAGAUGAGGGCUCUCUCACCAAAAGGCUAUGUGAGCAAGACUCAGCCUUUGAGGGUUCGACUGAUAAGCCCAUUUUGGAUUGCUGUGCCUGUGGAACUGCUAAAUAUAGGCUUACCUUCUAUGGAAACUGGUCAGAGAAGUCACAUCCAAAAGAUUAUCCAAGACGAGCAAAUCACUGGUCUGCGAUCAUCGGUGGAUCUCAUUCAAAGAACUAUGUGCUUUGGGAAUAUGGGGGAUACGCAAGUGAAGGAGUUAAGCAAGUUGCAGAGCUGGGAUCACCUGUAAAAAUGGAAGAAGAAAUUCGGCAACAGAGUGAUGAGGUUUUGACUGUCAUCAAAGCAAAAGCGCAGUGGCCUGCCUGGCAACCGCUAAACGUGAGAGCUGCUCCCUCUGCUGAAUUUUCUGUGGACAGAACACGGCAUCUGAUGUCUUUCCUUACCAUGCUCGGCCCCAGUCCUGACUGGAAUGUCGGGCUUUCUGCUGAAGACCUGUGCACCAAAGACUGUGGAUGGGUCCAGAGGGUCAUUCAGGAUCUGAUACCAUGGGAUGCUGGAACUGACAGUGGGGUUACCUAUGAGUCUCCCAACAAACCUACAAUGCCUCAAGAGAAGAUAAGACCUCUUACCAGCCUUGAUCACCCACAGAGUCCCUUUUAUGACCCUGAAGGAGGCUCCAUAAAGUCAGUAGCCAGAGUUGUCAUUGAAAGAAUUGCACGAAAGGGGGAACAAUGCAAUGUUGUUCCUGAUAACAUUGAUGACAUUGUUGCAGAUCUUGCCGCAGAAGCUCAAGAAGAUGAAGAUGACACUCCAGAAACCUGCAUCUACUCUAACUGGUCCCCUUGGUCAGCUUGUAGUUCUUCUACAUGUGAAAAGGGCAAGAGGAUGAGACAGAGAAUGCUCAAAGCUCAGCUUGAUCUAAGUGUGCCUUGUCCAGAGACUCAGGACUUCCAGCCAUGUAUGGGCCCAGGCUGUAGUGAUGAAGAUGGCUCUACAUGCAUGAUGUCCGAGUGGAUAACGUGGUCCCCUUGUAGUGUGUCCUGUGGCAUGGGAAUGCGAUCGAGAGAGAGAUAUGUAAAGCAGUUCCCUGAUGAUGGAUCUAUGUGCAAAGUGCCCACUGAAGAAACUGAGAAAUGCAUUGUAAAUGAGGAGUGUUCUCCAAGCACCUGCCUGGUGACUGAAUGGGGGGAGUGGGAUGAAUGCAGUGCCAGCUGCGGGAUGGGGAUGAAGAAACGGCAUCGAAUGAUAAAGAUGACCCCAGCAGAUGGAUCCAUGUGUAAAGCAGAAACAACAGAAGCUGAGAAAUGCAUGAUGCCCGAAUGCCAUACCAUACCAUGUAUGCUGUCUCCAUGGUCUGAAUGGAGUGACUGCAGUGUAACAUGUGGAAAGGGGAUGAGGACCCGACAGAGAAUGCUGAAAUCUGCAGCAGAGUUGGGAGACUGCAAUGAAGAGCUGGAACAGGUGGAGAAAUGCAUGCUACCAGAGUGUCCAAUUGACUGUGAGCUUACGGAAUGGUCCCAAUGGUCUGAAUGCAACAAGUCUUGUGGGAAAGGACAUAUGAUUAGGACAAGGAUGAUCAAAAUGGAACCCCAGUUUGGAGGAGCUCCAUGCCCAGAAACUGUGCAGCGCAAAAAAUGCCGAAUAAGGAAAUGUUUGAGAAAUCCCAGUGUUGAGAAAAGGCGGUGGAAAGAGCCUCGUGAGAAAAGGAGAAGUGAGCAAGCAAAAGAAGACAUUGAUGGUGAGCAAUUCCCAGGUUGCAAGAUGAAACCAUGGACUGCUUGGUCAGAAUGUACCAAAUUGUGUGGGGGUGGAAUUCAAGAAAGGUUCAUGACAGUCAAGAAGCGAUUCAAAAGCACCCAGUUUACUAGCUGCAAAGACAAGAAGGAACUUAGAGCUUGCAAUGUCCACCCUUGUUAGCAAAACCUGUCUUUUAAAUAAUGCACUCUGAGCUAAAUGUAAAAAAAUCAACCUUGAUUUGAUUUUUUUAAAAGAAAAGAUAUAAAUUGUGUAUAUUAGUCUUCAUUUUUGCAGUGUGGUUUGCUUAUUAGUCUUGCUGGUGCAAGAGAUAUACUGUAUUUUAUAACUAUUUCCUCCCAGAUGUAAGCUGAGAGUUGUUACUUGAUGCUCCAGCGAGCCCUUAAUGCAUAAAACCAGUGAAGUCAUUGUGCAAUCCUAUAACUUUAAAGAUUAUAGACAUCUCUGUGUUGAUAUACCAUAAUCAUUGAAAUAUUCCCUAUAAAGACAUGGGGUGCAUGCAUAACUGACAUUACAAACUUAAAUGUCUAUUUGGAUCCAGUUUCAAAACAGUUAAAGCAGUGCCUCUGUGAUUAUACAACUGUGCCAAGGAAUUAACUUCAACAAUACUACAGGUGCAUAAAUUAUCUUUUACCAUCAACAAGUGUAAAAAUUGUAUAAUAGUAAUCCUUUGACACACUUACGUUUCCUUCAUGGAAAUGCUACAGACCCCUACAAAACAAAAUCAUUUUAAUUCUUCUUUCCACUUUCUAAUAACAAGGAUGAUUUUUUUACUAGCCAGUGGACUGCAUCCAAUAUUAAUUUGCACAUUCUGUAAUAUUUUGCAAGACUAGAUACUUUACUGGGUCUUCCUUAUAUGAAGUAGAGUUUGACCAAAACAGAUCCCAUGAACUGUAAGGAAAACCAUGGGUCUCAAAGAGUUGGACCUACUGCUUUCUUAGAAAUUCUGGGAAUGGUGGCCCAAAAAGUACAUUUUCUAAACCCUGGUGGAUAUGCUGUAGAAGUCCAGGAGUGAAGUUCACUCCUGGUCCAAACUUUUCUAUAAAAUUCUUAGGAGUAAGAAGAGCAUAUUUUCCCACCUGUGCAUCAGAGGUUGGUUUUGUUUCUUUCAGAUACAACACCUUGAUUUUGCUUCUCAGUCUCUCCAUAGAAACAUUAGCUUGCUUUUCAGAUAUACCACUAAAUCCACCUUAUUUUUGUUUCUUCUUAUUUUCCUGCCAGGUCUCUGGCCUUAGUGGUUAUAAUUUCCAGCAGUUAUAUACAUAAAUUAGCUGUACUCUAGAAACUCAUAGGUUGAUGCUAUUUUACAUAUUAUAUAAUGGAUCAUUGAUUGAAAACUGAUAAGAACUUGAAGGAUGGAAAAUGUGAUAACCAUUACAAGGAUAAUGUAUAAUUGGUUAACUUGUUAACAUAGAAGGAAAGGGAGGAUAAGGUUGACCAUAGGGCUGAAGAGUAGCUCACUGCAAACCAGGAAUUGAUAAAAACCAGAAUCCUGUUGGGAAAUUAAUUACAUCUACAUAAAUUGACAUACAUCUUCAGGAAUUAGAACUAUGCAGUUGCAUAACAUCCAUAUUCAGGGAUGGGCUGCUGUUAUGGAGCCAGCAAAGUGUCCAGUCUACAUUAGCAACAAUGCAUAAUGGAACUGCUGCACAAUGAGAAUGAUGUGAAUUGGUCCAAAUGAUGUCUGUUGGUCCUAAAGCACUUCACAUUGGUCUGAUAGCAACAACACACAUUUAGAAAGAAGCCCUGUUACUCAAGAGGGAAGGCACUAUUUUGAAUGUACAUCCUUUUAUUUGAAUGUUGCACCAUUCUCUUUGACUUUGUCAUACUGAAACCAAGACGAUUUUCAACAGAAAGGUUUUUGAAGUCCAUGAAUGUUGACAAUGGUCUUUUAUCUUCAGGAGACAGAAGAUAUGUAGCCUGCUCUACCACUUGCACCCACCCGCUCAAAUCCUUAAUGGUUUUUUUCCCAUCCCAUGAGACUUCCCCUCAGAUGCCUUUCAUAUUCUUUCCUGUGUGACUUGGAUGGGUCAAUGCAUGAUCUUCACAAACACAAGAUGGUCUAUGUACAAAGAAAAUAUAAUGUCCAAAUAGCCUAUAGUAUUAUUAAAGUUCCCUGUACAAAGCUCAAUUCGGUAGUACCAGACAAAAUGAAAAGGAGCAACAGCUCUAACAGGACUCGCAGUUGAAAUCACCCCAAGCAGAGUCAUUUCUUAUAUAAGUUCAUUGUUGCUGAUUAUACCAACUCCUGAAGAAGGGGAUUUUCCCCUUAAACAGGGUACAAAAAUACUUGGGAACCCCUGUAGACUUUACUUGGCACUUUAUUUGGACUUUACUUGUGAAGACUUUCUUGAGAGCUGCGCUCCAUCAUUAUUUUUUUUCAUUCUCUAUACAGCAACAUGACCAACUGUCUGUUUACUUUGUUUGGAAGAUAUUUUUCAUUGAUUAUGUAUCCCUGAAGCUUAUAUACAUUGGAGCCAAUAUCAGACUUGGAUAACUUUUGUGUUAGAGCUGUUGCUCCUUUUCAUUUUGUCUGGUACUACCGAAUUGAGCUUUGUACGGGGAACUUUAAUAAUACCAUAUGCUAUUUGGACAUUAUAUUUUAAUUGUACAUAGACCAUCUUGUGUUUGUGAAGAUACUUUACAAGUAUUCUGGGAUUUUGUAUAGUCAAUGCAUGAUCUUGUCACAAAUAGUGCAUAACAGUGAAGGAGUUAUGGAAGGAAGGUCAGCCGAAACCAUUAUAACCUUCUGUAAUCUGUUCCCUUCAGAUUUAUUAGAUUUAGAUGAACAAUUGCUGUAUUUUCAUGUAACAAUUAACUUGGGUGGAAAUUGCACCGAAUGGCCAGCUAUUUACUGUCUAAAUCCACCAAAGGCCAAGGAACAGGAAUGUCUAAGACCCCUAUAGGCUUGUAGGGUGCUAAGUACUGAGCAGGAUCGUCAUGAAGGAACAAUCACAUGAGUUUAUAUGUGAGAUUUAUUUAUUAUUUCUCACAUUUAUAUCCCGCCCUUCUCACCCGAAGAAGUGAGGGCGGCUUACAACAGUGGUUGUAAGAUUUGGUUGAUGAGUUCUUGUUUUUCAUUCCUGGGUUGGGAUAUUUAAGAUCUAAUCAUGUUUUACUUCAAUAAGACACAUAUUCACUCCAAAUAUGCAUGAAAUAUGUAUGCACUGGACUUUAUCCAGUGGCAUUUAAAUGCAAAAAAGAAAAAUAAUUGCAUUAAAAUGUUGUCAGGAGUUUUUUUUAUGUUGUGCUUGUAUUCAGUGUUAGUAAUUGUCCUAGGAAGAGUGCUACUCUACUGAAAUAAGUAAGAAUGUCAUGCUUACAUUCAGUGAAAUUAAUCAUGUGUCUUUCACUGUUUCCAAUAUUUGAUUGACACAGUGGUUGCCCAGUGUAGGUGCCAUUAAUUUCUUUAAUAUUGAUCAGUAUUAUGAAUGGUUGGCUGAUUUAUCAGAAAGCAUGAAACAGUUUGCAGUUGAAGGCAAUUUGCUGUUCUAUCCUAGUUGUAUCAACUGAUAAAUGUAGUGGUCCAAGUUCAUCAUGACAAAUUUAUUCUAAUAAAGUACAAAAGGGUGGAAGUUUAUUUAAUCUAGUUAUUUUGGGGCAUAAGAAUAAGAAUUCAAAUUUUGCAACAAAAAAAAAUCAAAGUGAAAGGGUUUCAUUCCAACUGAAGUUAAUAAUUUUCAGUAGGGCCUGAAUUGUGACAACUAUGUCCCACUAGCUUCAAUAGGACUUUAUCACAUCUAACUUUUGAUAGUCUGAGGCCCUUAGAAUGGAUCUGUUAAGGAAAAUUAGAGGAAAAGCAAUAGGGAAUGGGUAUACUUAUUUCAGUGUUACUGUAAUCCUCCUAGUAGUGUAGUAUUUGCUGCACAUCAAUAAACAGCCACACUUGUUAUAUCUUAUACAAUAAUAUAUGCCUGUUGUACACUCCAAAACUGUAAGCACAGGUAUAAACUCUUGGGAUUUUGUACACCUCACUUGCCAUUUAUUAACAGUCUGUAGUUUCUUUUUUUUCCUUUUUUAAACAUAUUCUGUAGAACCUUUACAAGCAAUGAAACAAAUGUUAGGGGGCUUCUAUGUACAAUAGGGUUUAAUAAAAACAACUUGAUUUUUUAAAAACAAAAACCCUCCUUGUUUUUAGGUUUUCUUUGUUGGGUUUGGUUCACUAUGAAAUUUCUGAGAAAGCUGUCAUGAAUAUAUUUCUUACCAAAGUCAUGUGUAGAUGUUUUGUAUGUAGUUGUCUGGCUAACACAUUAUUAUUUUGGAAUAAAGACAUCUUUACUAUGAAAACUA